GGCGCUCAAAAGGAAGAACAAAGAAAGGAGGAGAGAGAGAGAGCGCGUCAUGCGAUUGAGGUGGCGGAGUCAGCGGCGGUCGGAGAGUGGAAUCGGGGCGAAAACUGCGUCGUGCGAUGCGGCGGUGGGGCGGCGUCGUUUUCGUUGUUGAUGGGCGUUCAACAGCUGCAAAUGAGUUGGCAGCCGAGUCUACUGAGUCAAAAGCGGAAGAACGGACCUCCUCUGGGGCUUAGAAAUCUCGGCAAUUCCUGCUACCUCAACAGCGUCCUCCAGUGCCUCACCUACACCCCUCCCCUCGCCAAUUUCUGCCUCCGCAGACAGCAUUCCUCUCUCUGCGAUUCGUCGGACGCUGACCGCAAGCGUGAUUGCCCGUUCUGCCUUCUGGAGAAGAGGAUAGCUAGGUCUUUGAGCUCGGAUCUCCAGCAAGACGCACCAGCGAAGAUUCAGAGCUGCCUGAGAAUAUUCUCCGAGCAGUUCAGAGGUGGGCGGCAGGAGGAUGCACACGAGUUCCUGCGCUAUGUCAUCGACGCCUGCCACAACACCUGCCUGCGGCUCAAGAAGCUGCGGCGGAUUGGAAAUGGCAGCACCGGCGCUGGAAGUGGAGGUGGAGGAGCAUCGGUGGUGAAGGAGAUCUUUGGAGGUGCUUUGCAGAGCCAGGUGAAAUGUCUUUCCUGUGGCACCGAGUCCAAUAAGGUUGAUGAGAUAAUGGAUAUUAGUCUUGAUGUUUUGCAUAGUAAUUCGCUCAAAGACGCCUUGCAAAGGUUCUUUCAGCCUGAGGUUUUGGACGGAAGUAACAAGUACAAAUGUGAAAGUUGCAAGAAACUGGUACCAGCAAGGAAACAAAUGUCUGUUCUUCAAGCACCAAAUAUCCUUGUGAUCCAACUCAAGAGAUUCGAGGGCAUUUUUGGUGGGAAGAUUGACAAGGCCGUUGCAUUUGAAGAGGUUUUGGUGCUUUCAAGCUUCAUGUGUAAAACAAGCAAGGAUCUGCGGCCGGAGUAUAAGCUUUUUGGUACCAUUGUUCAUUCAGGCUUCUCACCUGAGUCUGGACAUUAUUAUGCAUAUAUCAAGGAUGCUACAGGGCGGUGGUACUGUUGCAAUGAUACAUUUGUCUCGCUUUCAACCAUGCAAGAGGUGUUGUCAGAAAAGGUUUACAUUCUUUUCUUCUCUCGGACCAACCAAAGGCCGGAAUCUGCCAACAUUCCUCUUUCUAGCACAAUCUCUAACGGAGUGAAAUCUCGAGAUUGCAAUGGCCAUGAUGCAUCUAAAAGCCUGAAGCCUGCUCUUCACCUGAAGGAAGUGCAUGCAAAGCCAUGUGAACAACCUUCUAGAAAGGAUUUGAUAACUGCGUCUAAGGCUGAUAAAGUGCCUUCCCAUCCACAGAUUAAGUUUAAUAUAAUUGGAACCUCUAAUUCUAAAAGGCCUUCAAUCAGCAAUGGAAAUGGAAAAGUUUUCAAGAAUCAGUCCAUGGAAGCUAAUGGGGGUGUAGAAGAGGCUAGUCGUUUGGAGAUACUAGAGAAAGCUAAGUCAACAUUAGUAAACAAAAAUGGUUUAGACAACAAUGGGAACGUUGAAGGUAUUGACAGUCAGAGGACCGAAGAAUCUGUUUCAACAAAAGGAUCUGGAAAUUAUCCGGCAGGAAAGCUGGAUACUAACGGAAGUAGAGUUACAAGAGACGAGUUGCCAACAGGAAGAGAGUCUGAUCACCGGGAUGCAGUUAAUGAUGGUAUGGAAUUCCAUGAUAAGGUGUCUGGGUCCAAAAGAAGACCAUCAGAAAAUUCUUGCAUUUUGUUGGCAGAGGAUGCUCAAUCUCGGGGAAAAGUUGAAGAUCUGAAGGAAGUACUCGCGAAAGAAGCUUCGUCAGUUUUGAGAUCGUGUGGUUGGUCAGAUAAGGUUUACAAUUUCAUGGGUUCAGGGAAGAGGCUACGUACACAGGAAGCCGGAACCACUCCAUUGACUAGAGAUGAACUAAGGAAGUUGUUGAUUGUGGACGCCAAGUCCACUUUUAUUUCAAAGAUACCAGAGUCUUUGAAAGAAGAUCUCAUCAAACGCCUUCAGUCGUUUAGCAAAGACAAAUGAUGUUUCCCAGUAUAGAUUUGCACAUUCUCCUGACUUCUAUUGCUGGAGGGGCUUGGUGUAUAAUCUGUAUUCUGUAUUGCUGAAUGGUAUUAUAAAGUUUUGAGCCAAAAAAAUAAAAGGCAAAAACAAAAUAACAAACAGAAAAGAAAAAAAAAGGUGUUACAGACUUGGUGCUAUCCUCCUCCAGCUAUAAAUUUGGGACAAUGCAACAUAUGAAGUCUUUCAGCAGACGCUAUGGUCAGCUAAUGCAUUUUGUUGAUGUGCUUUAUCGGAUCGGGAUGGAAGGCUGACCGCCGAAAUCAAAUGUUACCGAAGAUUUUCUUCCCCACUUUGAGGCUUAUGCAGUUUGUAAUGGCAGAGAAAUGAGUCAGCGAAUUCUAUUCAUUCUGUACAAUAUCCAUUUUGGCAGUAUACCUUAGCCUGUAGGCCUAAAUUUGUGGAUGUAUUGCCAUUUUUAGUUAUUAAUGAGAAAAAUGGUAAAAUUGAGCUCUCUACUAGGAAUUUUCUGUUAACCAAUUUAAUUGAUAAUCUUCAUUCCCAUUAAA